AUGGAUUUCACAGAUCAUGUUUGGACGGAGUGCUUCUCCACUUUCUUGGGAAGGUGGAUGCAUCUUGAUCCAUGUGACGGCAUAUAUGACAGACCGCUAUUAUAUGAGACAGGCUGGAAAAAAGAUUUGAAUUAUAUUAUUGCUAUUGCAAAAGAUGGAGUCUAUGAUGUCACUAAACGUUACACGAGGAAUUGGUGUGAGGUGCUGUCACGAAGAAACAUUACUCCAGAGCCUGCUCUUUCUACUCUUCUAUCCUCUAUAACUAGAGAUUGUCGAAAAAAUCUUGCAUCUGAAGUGGUUUCUGCGCUUGAAGAACGUGAUAGGAAUGAAGCAGAAGCAGUUGAGAGAGACUUGUAUUCUAAAGAUGAUGCUUCAAUCUCACUACCAGGGAGACAAAGUGGGAACAAGCAAUGGUGCAUAUCAAGAUCAGAAUAUGGUUCUGACAAGAAUCGUUCAUGGUCUUCGUCUGGUCCAAUGCGUAAAUGCAUAGAUGGGCAUGUGACAAAGAUCUACAAUGCAUUUGGUCCUGUCGUUUCCCAGUUAGUGAAGCAAUCUUCUUCCAAAUCUAGAGCUGUUGAAGUCCUUGAGAUAUUCAAAAAUAUUUUAGUGGAUCUCAAGAAAUCGCCCUUUAGAACCAGGAGAGUUUCUAUAAAAUCUCUUUCCAAUGGUGCACAGUAUGUUGUCAAUCAGAUGCUGCCUUCUUUUGGUCAAUUGCUUGAUGCUCUUUCACUGAAGAUGGAAUCGGAUACAAAUGGAAGGAUUGACAUUUGCUUGGCUUCUGAUCCUGUUAAAACUUCCAUAGCAUUGCCUGUUUUGUUCCAUGCUCUGGACAAUGUGAUCCAUAAUGUUAACCAAUGUGACAACUUUAAUAAACACUCUCUCUCUUGGCCACUUUUGAAGUUAAAUAGAUUUUGUUCUGGUUUAGUCCUUGCUAGUGGGGAGGAGCUUCCUUUUGGAAUUGUAAGUAGCAUUGCCUCGUAUAAUUUAUCAUUUAUAGUACCGGUGAAUUAUUUCGGGUGCGUGCACACAGGUUUCUUUAUAUUCCAUCAUUGA